AUGACGGAUGACGGCUGUCUGAUCGUGCUGGCCCCCGAGUUCGCCAAAGAGAUUCGGAAUAGCCCGGCCCUCAGCGUGGGUCGUUUCAUGGCGGAGCGUCUCCAUGCUCAUCUCGAUGGAUUCGAACCUUGGCGCCAGAUCUCCGCCCCGGAUCGAAUCUUCCCGGACACGAUUCGCACCAAGCUCAUGCAGCCUCUCGGAAGGCUGAUUCAGCCGGCCUCUGUGGAGAUGGCGAGCAUCUUACGGCAUGAAUGGACCGACGAGACUGAAUGGCAUCGUGUGGCUUUGAAGCCCAGCGCGCUAGCCAUCGUCGUUCGCCUACUGUCCGUCGCUUUUUGGCCCGAGCCCCUGCACCGCGAUGCCCGCUGGCUACGUAUCGUCGGGCAGUACUCGAUCGACUCGUUCGUCGCCGCCGACGCGCUGCACCGCUGGCCAAGGAUGCUCCGUCCUGUAAUAUCCUGGAUUGCGCCCAGCUGCCGCAAGAUCCGGCUUCAAUUGCGCGAGGCCCGUGCCAUCAUGGCACCCAUCUUGCGGCAGCGGGAGGCUGACGCGCUCACGUCGGACGACGACGCCCUGCGAUGGAUGGAGGAAUGCGCUCGAGGGCGUCCCUACGACCCAGUCAUGGCGCAGCUCGGCAUGGCGGCAGUAAGCCUGCAUUCUACCGCAGACAUGCUCACUCAAGUCCUUUACGACCUCUGUGGCCGCGACGAGUUGAUCGUCGCCCUGCGCGACGAGACCAGAUCAGUCGUCCAGCGAGAGGGGCUAACAGUGUCGGCUCUGAAUAAUCUUCACCUGAUGGACAGUACCCUGAAGGAAUCUCAGCGUCUGAAACCGUCUCUGGCCGCGGCGAUGCAACGCAUCUCCACCGACCCAAUCACGCUGUCCGACGGAACAAGGAUACCGCGGAAUUCGUAUACGAUCGUCUCGGCCGACCGCCGGUUGGAUGCGAAUGUCUAUCCAGACCCGGACACAUUUGAUGCCUACCGAUCAGUAAGGUUGCGCCAAACGGCAGGAAAGGAGACGUACGCGCAGGUCACCACGCCGUCGCCCGAGCACCUGGCGUGGGGAUUCGGGAAACAUGCGUGCCCCGGAAGAAACCUGGUUGUGACAGAGAUUAAGAUCGCGCUGGCCCAUAUUCUGUUGAAGUACGAUCUGCAACUGGUGGAUGGUUUGCGUCCACAGCCGCUGAAGCACGGCAUUGUGUUGAGCGCAAACUCCACUGCUGUCAUUUCGGUCCGACGACGCGAGGAUGACGUUUCUCUAUUAUCGUAA